UUUAUGAACGCCAUUUUCAAUGGCUUUGUUUUGUUAUCCAAAUUCCACCAUUUUCUUCCUCCUUUUUCUCUUUCUCUGACUCUCUAUUAUUUCCAUUACCAUGCGCUUCGCUCGGAUCUCAAAUCCUUUCUCUUACAUCAUAUCCUCCUUCACUUGUUCCUCAUAAUCUCUUUCCUCAUCCUUCCUCGGUUCGAAAUCGAGAGCCCUGAGCUUUAACUUUUAUUACCCUUUUUUUUCCUCUCGGCUCUCGAUCCUUUGAAGCCAAAAAAACAUUACAUUUUGUUGUUUCCUUGAUUGGUAUAUAAAUUUCAUUGCUAUUCCAAGUUUUUCACUUGAUUUACGGAUUACCCUUUUCUUGUACCACAAGGAACAGCCAUGGAAAACUUAGCAGCGCAGCUAAAACGGGGAAUCUCCCGCCAAUUCUCGACUGGGUCGUUAAAACGGACUUUCAGCCGGCAAUUCACUCGGCAGUCGUCGUUGGACCCACGGAGGAACAAUCUACGGUUCAGCUUCGGUCGGCAGUCAUCGCUGGACCCCAUUAGGAGGAGUCCCGUGCAAGAUGAGCUGACGGUGCCGGAGAACCUGGACUCCACCAUGCAGCUUCUGUUCAUGGCGUGUAGAGGGGAUGUUAAAGGAGUGGAGGAUUUGUUGAAUGAAGGCAUUGAUGUUAAUAGUAUUGAUUUGGAUGGCCGUACCGCCUUGCAUAUCGCUGCUUGUGAAGGUCACGUUGAGGUUGUUAAGCUUCUUCUUAGUAGGAAGGCUAAUAUUGAUUCCCGUGAUCGUUGGGGUAGCACGGCAGCUGCUGAUGCGAAGUACUAUGGAAAUGUAGAGGCGUAUAAUAUUUUGAAGGCCCGUGGAGCAAAAGUUCCAAAAACCAGGAAGACGCCGAUGACAGUUGCUAACCCUCGAGAAGUUCCAGAGUAUGAGCUUAACCCAUUGGAGCUUCAAAUUCGGAAGUCUGAUGGUAUAACAAAGGGAUCGUAUCAAGUGGCAAAAUGGAAUGGCACUAAGGUCUCUGUAAAGAUACUAGAUAAGGAAAGCUAUUCAGACCCUGAAAGCAUAAAUGCUUUCAAACACGAGCUAACUUUACUAGAAAAAGUUCGACAUCCAAAUGUGGUUCAAUUUGUUGGAGCUGUUACACAAAAUAUUCCCAUGAUGAUUGUUUCAGAGUAUCAUUCAAAUGGUGACUUGGGAAGCUAUCUUCAAAAGAAAGGGCGUCUAUCACCAUCCAAAGCUUUAAAAUUUGCUCUUGACAUUGCCAGGGGAAUGAAUUACCUUCAUGAAUGUAAACCAGACCCUAUCAUUCACUGUGAUUUAAAGCCAAAAAAUGUUUUGCUGGAUAAUGGAGGUCAGUUGAAGGUAGCUGGAUUUGGUUUGUUAAGAUUGUCAAAAAUAUCACCUGACAAGGCAAAAUUAGCACAUCCAGACGCUCAAGUUGAUCCAUCAAAUAUAUAUGUGGCACCUGAGAUUUAUAAAAAUGUGAUAUUUGAUCGAAGUGUUGAUGCAUAUUCUUUCGGUGUUAUGCUAUAUGAGAUGAUUGAAGGAGUAGUGCCUUUUCAUCCUAAGCCUGCCGAAGAGGCUGUGAAAUUGAUGUGUUUAGAAGAAAAGAGACCACAAUUCAAGACCAAAUCAAGAAGUUAUCCUCCAGACUUAAGAGAGCUGAUUGAAGAAUGCUGGGAUCAAGAACCUGUUGUUAGACCGACCUUUUCAGAGAUCAUUGUACGAUUAGACAAAAUAGUUGCCAACGGCUCAAAACAAGGGUGGUGGAAAGACACUUUCAAGCUUCCUUGGAAAUAAGAGAGGGUUCAGUUCUGUUCAAUUUGUUCGAAAAAGAGAAAAUAUGAUGAAGAUUUUGAGGGAGGUUUCGAUCUCGAGUUUUUGUUGCUUCAUCUUAAAAAUUGUAUGUUACAAAAACCGAGUUAACAAAGUAUAAAAUCAUGUUGAAAUAAAGCAAAAGAGUGAUCUUUCCUCUCUA